AUGCACGCUGAGUCAUGCUCUUUCGGUAAUUUACCAGCAGUAUCAGAGGACUUAUUACUACUUUUUAUUACACAUUGUUACAAGUAUCUACAACUCAAAGAAUCUACGAUAAGACUAUACCUUGCUGGGAUUCGUUUCAGAUACAUUGAAGCAGGUGUACCUAAUCCAUGGCAGGUAACUGUCGGUGUGCCAUUAGUACGGGUAAAUUUGUUACUCAGGGCGAUUAAACGUAAUCAGGGACGAGGCACUAGGCCACGCUGUGCUUUCACAGCUGAUAUUGUUUAUUUAAUGUUUAGUACUCUUGAGUUAGGAGUAUUUACCCAGUUCAUUGAUAUCCUCAUGCAAACUGUUGUGUUAGUAGCUUUUUUUGGUUUCCUGCGCUGCGUUGAAUUCACCGUCAGGUCCUAUGGAGCGUUUAAUAGAGAUUUUCAUUUAUGUAUUGAGGAUGUCAGUUUUCAAGGUGAUGCUCAAGCUUUUCUACGGUUGAAGUCAUCAAAGUCAGAUCAAUUUCGUGAAGGAGUGGUAAUUAGAUUAUUCAGAAAUGACCGCAUGUGUCCAGUACAGAGUCUGAAGCGAUAUGUGUCUCUCAGAGUGGCUUUGCAUCCUAGACCUAGUUUAGGGAACCCUCUGUUUGUAACUGAAGACAACUUACCACUGACGGCGUUCUGUUUUCCUACAGUAUUUACUCAGACUUGUCUGCUCAUUGGGUCUCAGUUCAUUUCAAUUUACAGGCCAUUCCUUCCGUAUAGGGGCAGCUACGUCUGCAGCAAAUGCCGGUAUCCAAGAUCACAUGAUUAA